AUGUAUUUAGUAUGUUUUUCAAAUGGAAAACACAUUUCUAGACGAUCACAACGUCAACGAAUUAGUCCAAGUCCCGAACCACAAUUCACGACAACUAUUAAUCAACUAUCACCCAUAGAACUUUCACAUAUUUCACAACCGUCUAUGAUAACUGAUGUAAAACCUAAAUCAUUACAUUCUACAGUUUCAAUUACAUCACCACCUACUAUUAUGAAUUCAAAUUCUUUAUUGGAUCGAUCAAAUAUUACUAGUAAUCAUCUUCAAACACCGAAUUUUGUUGCUCAACAAAAACUUGGUUUAUCCGAUAGUUUAAACAUUGCUAGUGGUGAUAAUGAUGUCAAUUCAUCAAAUUUAACACGCAAAAAAAAUUUAUCAACAUCUGAUCUCGAUCCGUUUGAACGCCGGAAACAAAUAGCUUUAACUAAAGCUGAAGGUAAACUAGAAAAAGCUCAACAACUUUAUCGUAUUGCUCAACAAAGUGUUGAACAAAAUCUUUCUGAACUUCUUCGUGUUACAACAAUUCCAAGAAUUCCACAUGAAUCCGAAACACCAAAUACAGCCUAUGAAAAACGUAUACGUACAAUACAAGAAACAAAAGAAGCAUUAGAAACAAAAAUUGCUAAUUAUCGAGCAGAUAUAGCUCGUAUACAAGCCGGUGAUAUACCCGCUCGUUAUACAUCAUCAAAAGAUACGCAAAAUAAUAUAUCAAAUGAAAAUUCUCAACAUAAUUCAAUAAAUAAUAUCUCAACACUUCCGACAAAUGAACAAUCAAUAAUAUCACAUAAUUUAGAUGCUGAUAAUCAUCAUCAUCACCAUGCUCAAACUAAUCUAUCUUCAACAAUAAUCCAUCAUAAUAAUAAUCAAAAUUUAUUAUCAUUAAAUCAAAAUAGUAAUACACUUGAGCCUAUUCGAUCUUCACCUUCAAGUUCAAUAUCCAAUGAAAUUGGAAAUUCACAAUUUUAUAUUGAUUCAAAUUACGAUCACGUUUACGAUGGUGAUAAAUUAAAUCGAAAGCACGAUGCUAUCAUUCCAGCUGAUAUAUCCGUUAUUCACGAUACUGAUAAAUCUCCUUCCACAAAACGACGUUUAACUGAUGAUUCAAAUAUUGAAUUUAAUGAUCGAAUCUCCGAUCAUUCAAGUGAUGAUCGAUUUGUUAGUUAUAAUACAUCAAAACGAAAUACUAUGGCAACAAUUGAAUAUCAUCAAUUAAUGUUAAAAAUUGAUUCUAUGCAAAAGAUAAUUGAUCGUUCGGAUACGAAAAUGAAUGAAUUACAAAAACAAAUUGAUGUAGUAAUAAAAGACAAUCUUGCUGAACGUCAACGAAAUAGUAAUUUAGAUCGUGAAUUAGCUGAUUUAACGGAAAUACAUCAAAAUGAAAUGUCAUCAAUGAAAAAAGAUUUAAAAAAUCUUGAAGAAAAACUUUUAUAUAAUUUUAAUGAAUAUUGGACAGAAAUGGUUGAGAAAUUAGAUAAACUUGAUACAAGGACGACAAAAGUUGAACAAACUCAAGCAAUUUCGCUUGAAACAGAAGAAAAUACACAUCGACUUAUAACGAAAUUUGUCAAUAUUUUAUUAACAGUCUUUGCUAUUAUACUUCUUCUCCUCUCAACUAUUAAAAAUCUUGUUCAAUCACGUGUUCAUGCUGUGAUCCUUUUAAUUCUUGUAUUUACAUGGAUAUCAUUUCAUUAUUUACCAGAAAAUUACUUCCAGUCACCAUUCAUUAAAAAUUUUCCACAUAUCUUCAAAAGAACAACAUGA